AUGCCGUCCGAUCUACAGUCUGAAGAGACGUCUGCUGUGGAAGGCGCGUAUAUCUCUGCGAGGACGCGAGACUCAGAUACCGCACUCGCGUCGAUGGCUCGUCGCGCGUCCCGGUAUGAGCAUGAUAUCAAGGAGCUUGAGGCGAAGCUUGCCGUAGACAUGAGCAACUCUCGUGCUAUUCAUAAUCUACUGCAAGAGGUGCUGUCUGAGAUUCAGCAAAACCAGCGCCGUGCUGAUCUCGCACUGACCACAUCCGUACCACAUGUGGAGCACUCGCUUGAUGAGAAUUUAUCUAUGUUGGAAGACCUCGAAAGAACGUUACCUAGAGUCGGCCAACAGGUACAAGACAUCAGGCAUGUCUAUGACCGCGGCAAGGCUAAAGCACGCGAUCUCAUCGCGACCUUGGAGUGGCUGAACACGCCAGUCUCCCUUCGAUUGCGGGCCAUAAUCUUCACGACGAAUGCUCCGGUUAGCUCGGAAUGGAAGAUGCUCAUACGCGCCCUAUUUACACUCGCUCUCUUGGCUUGCAUUUGGAUCGCGUGGAUCACUCUUCAAGGUGCCGUUCGCGCUCAUCGGCAGCGUUUGGUUUGGGGUGAACGUCUAAUGAGUUGA